AUGGGCUGUGGUCCGUCUCAGACCGAAUCCGCGCAACAGUUCCUGAAAAAUACCAGAACCACUUCAAUAAAUGAAAACAACAACAAACAACAGGGAAAGAAGAGAGAAAACAGUGUCUCCGAUGAUGACAAAGAACGACAGAAAUUUCGCGAGGAAGUUUUAGCAGCACAUAAUAAGUACAGGGCCAAGCACGGAGCUGAACCCUUGACCCAGGCCAAAGACCUCGAUGAAAUCGCUCAGAAGUGGGCGGAGCAUCUCGUUAAAAACGAUAUAUUUGAACACAGCGAUACUGAAUAUGGUGAAAACCUCUGGGGAGGAGAUGCAAACGCUACAGGCAAAGAAGUGACGGAAAAGCAUUACGGUGAAAUAAAAUAUUACAACUUCGCAACAGGGGGAUUCAGCAUGGAAACAGGUCACUUCACACAGGUAGUGUGGAAGGGGAGUAAGGAGCUGGGCACAGGAUACGCACGUGAUGAUCAUGGAAAGGCUGUCGUCUGCUGUAAUUACCGCCCUUGCGGAAACGUCGAAGGCUGCUUUGGAACAGAGGUGUCGCCACCAUGAACACUUCCGGAACUUUUCAAUCAUUAAGACAUCAUCAUGAACAAUUAAUAGUUAUUUACCUAACUUUUAAAUUGUAAGCUUUACCCUUUAGCCAAUCAAUGAAUAGGACAAAAAGGCUGUAAACAUGACGUCACUGAGUUAUAUAACGUCAUAGCCGAUGUACCAUUAUCAACUAUUAUCCACAUUUAUAAACUUGUCAAAUUACGCCUUGACAGUGUACUACACGUCUGUUAGAAAACAGAAUGUUAUUCGUCAAAAAAUAUCAGUUGUGUGCAUCAACACAACAAGAAAUAGUUAUAAACAGGAAAUGUUUACACCAGUGAACACGCUAGAAAUUCUACACACUUGAAUAGACAACAGACAUUAUGAUCCUGUAAAUUAGAUCUAAGCUAGUGUUGGGAGAUCAAUUGUCUACAAUUUCUAUACUACUAUUGUAAUUGAGUAAAACACAAAGCUGUGAUAAUUAACACGUACGCCGAUACAUUGUAAAUAGUUCAGAGAUUUUCAACCAUCAUACGUGACACUGCGUUCAUAUGU